GAAAACAAUCCAAAACCCUUAUAGCUUCGCUUUGGUUGCUUUCAGUUUUGGCGGGAGGAUAGAGGAGAGAGAUCUCUGCGAAUAAUCCAUGGCGGGCGAUUCAGAGAUGAACCCAGAGCAGGUAGAAGAAGAGUUCAGCGUAUGGAAGAAGAACACCCCUUUCCUUUACGAUCUCGUCAUUUCUCACCCUCUCGAAUGGCCUUCUUUGACUGUCCAUUGGGUUCCUUCUUCUCCUCCUUACGGACCUGACCCUACUUUUAACGUUCACAAACUCGUCCUCGGAACUCACACCAGCGGCGGCGCCCCCGAUUUUCUAAUGAUCGCCGACGCAGUUCUCCCCACUCUCGCCUCUGAAUCCAAUAUCGCUGCUAAAAAUGAUGACCCAGUUAUCCCUAAGGUUGAGAUAACACAGAAAAUGCGUGUUGAUGGGGAAGUCAACAGGGCUAGAUGUAUGCCUCAAAACCCGGUUAUUAUAGGCGCAAAGACCAGUGGCUCCGAUGUUUUCGUGUUUGAUUAUGCCAAGCAGGCUGCAGCUAAAGAGCAAGAGGGUGACUGUGUUGCUGAUUUGAGGUUGAGGGGUCAUGAAAAGGAAGGGUAUGGAUUAUCAUGGAGUCCAUUUAAGGAGGGUUAUCUUUUGAGUGGUUCACAAGACCAUAAGAUAUGCCUUUGGGACUUGUCUUCUUGGCCUCAAGAUAAGGUUCUUGAUGCAACCCAUGUUUAUGAGGCCCAUGAGAGUGUGGUUGAAGAUGUGUCAUGGCAUUUGAAGAAUGAGAAUAUAUUUGGUUCUUCUGGUGAUGAUUGUAUGUUAAUGAUCUGGGACUUGCGCACCAACCAAACCGAACAACGUGUUAAAGCUCACGAUAGAGAGAUCAAUUAUUUGUCAUUCAAUCCUUAUAAUGAGUGGGUUCUGGCUACAGCAUCGUCCGACUCCACCGUAGGUUUGUUUGAUGUACGAAAGCUGACUGUACCUUUGCAUGUUUUAAGCAGCCACAGUGGAGAGGUCUUCCAGGUAGAAUGGGAUCCUAAUCACGAGACAGUGCUGGCAUCUUCUGGUGAUGAUAGGAGAUUGAUGAUUUGGGACCUUAACAGGAUUGGAGAAGAGCAAUUAGAAAUUGAAUUAGAUGCCGAUGAUGGCCCUCCGGAACUUCUCUUUUCUCAUGGAGGCCAUAAAGCUAAGAUUUCAGAUUUCUCGUGGAACAAAAAUGAGCCAUGGGUGAUUUCUAGUGUAGCUGAAGACAACACACUUCAGGUGUGGCAAUUGGCAGAGAGUAUAUAUCGAGACGAGGAUGACACUCAAACUGCCGAAGACCUUCCAUAGGCCAUAGAAGUUGGAUUUAGAGUUUUAAGGAUAUGACCUUUUUAAGUAAGAUCAUUGUGAGUUUAUAAUAAUGUUUUGUAUGUGAACAGCUUUAGGAGUCUUUUAACGUGUAACUUAAUAUUCAAACCUUGUGCCUGCUGUUGAACUAAAUUUGAUGUAAAACUUAAGACACUGAAGUUUGGUUUCAACUUGAUUGAGUUUUA